AUGCCCCCUAGAGACUUCCCCUCUACUAGAUCUGAAAUUAGGGACCCCCAGGACAACCAGCAAUGGCACAGCACUCUACUUGAGUCGCUGAGGCCAAGGUCCUUCCAUGCUAAGUCUCCGGUUCCCCUCCGGAAUCAUCUGCCCUUGCCCAGUUCUAAGCAGCUGGAAAGUGAUUUCUAUUCGUAUGUUCUCACCCAUUGGGGUCAAGGAGAUGCAGUUGUGAGAGAGAAGCAAGAGCUUUGGAAGCAAAAGCGGAAAAUGGAGACUUCAACUCAUGACUGCUUGCCAAGCAUUUGGUCGGACAUUCAACAGAAGGUGGCUAUCCAUAACUGUCCCCUGAAUAUCUUCCUUGAUCUCAUUCGCAAGCGUGGUGACUAUGUGAUGAGCAGUGGUGCAUCCUCUAUGAUGUUGUUGGUGGAGAAGCUCCAGCUGAAAGGGCUCCUAGCGGAUCGGAUUGGUCCGGAUCCGGAUCCGGAUCAGAAUCCGCGGAUUUUUAGAGGUUUGAAACAAAAACUGUAUCCGGUGGUUAGAAAUUGUCAUAUCCAUGCAUACCCGACCCCGACCCGACUUCCGGACCUCCACCCUCUUCACCUCCGGAGUCAUAAUCUACCGCUGCCGUUCCGAUACUCACCUUCGGUCCUGGCAACACACCUCCUCCUUACCCCUCACCACCCUCCUACUACUCCGCUCCCCCUUCACAACACCUCCACCCUCCCGUUAUCCUCCUACGCUUCCCCCAUCCGCUCCGAUACUCACCUUCGGACCUGA